AUGAGUAAUAGCAAUACAAUUGAAUGGAGUCAAGUUAUAGGUCUUUUACAAGAUAUUUUAAAUAUAAAUGAGGUGCAAUCUUUGGAUUCGCUACUAGUUAAGGAAAAGAGUACAAAUGAACAGAAAGACCAAGUCAAAUUACUGGAACUUUUGGAAAGAAUUCAGUCUAACGAUAAUAAUACUUCAGCUUUUCAAUCUGUUGAUGAUGAUGAACAAAUUGAAACAAGUCUAAGACUGCUUCAAGAUCAUUUACAAAAUAUUAUCAAAUCACAGAAAUUAUUGGAUUCCAUGAUACUGAAAUUAGCUAAAAUAAUAGAAACUUCUUUCAUUACUCAGUCACAAACAAACACAUACAAAAAUAGUAAUAGUAAUAGUAAUAGUAAUAGUAAUAGUAAUAGUAAUAGUAAUAGUAGCAGUAGCAGUAGCAGUAGCAACAACAGUAAUAGUAGUAGUAAUGUCAAUGCCAAUGGGAAACAAUAUUGGACAAGCGCAUAUAAUCCUGUUGGUUUGAUUCCAUUGCAUUCAGAAGUAGCAUACAAGCCAAAACAAAAAAAUAGUGUAGAUGAGGAGUGGUUCCAAUGUAUAGUCAUCAAGAUAUCAAACGAUGGCCUGAAAUAUGAAGUUCAAGAUCCUGAACCUGACGAGAUGGGUAAUUCAGGGAAAAUCUUUAAGUGCAAUUGGAAAGAAAUCAUACCUAUCCCAUCUUCAAGAGUCAAAAGUUCGAUGAAACCUUAUCCAAUGGGCACUAAAGUGUUGGCUAGGUACCCUGAAACUACCACUUUUUACCCAGCUGUGGUAAGUAGAGAAAAUAGAAAAGAUACUAAGAUUUGUAAGUUAAGAUUUGAUGGUGAAGAAGAAGUUAAUAAAGAAACAGAAGUAGAUAGACGGUUUGUCCUGCCCUUCCCAACAAUAUCGGCAUUUCCUGUUAAUAAUGCUAAAAGAUCAUAA